AGGCGCGCGCGCUACCCUCCGGGGGGCGGGGUUCCGGCUGCCCCGCCCCUUCCCGCCGUGCCCCGCGCGGGCUGAAUGGGGCAGAGGCAAGAUGGCGGCCAACGCCAACCCCGGUGGUGGUGGUCUCGCGUUGUUCGAGUGCCCGAGCUGGGCAGGGAAACCACCACCUGGCUUACAUCUGGACGUAGUCAAAGGGGAUAAACUCAUUGAGAAACUCAUCAUCGAUGAGAAGAAAUACUAUCUCUUCGGGAGAAAUCCUGAUCUGUGCGAUUUCACCAUUGACCACCAGUCCUGCUCUCGGGUCCAUGCUGCCUUGGUCUAUCACAAACAUCUCAAGAGGGUUUUCCUCAUAGAUCUCAACAGCACACAUGGCACGUUUUUGGGUCAUAUCCGUUUGGAACCUCACAAACCCCAGCAGAUACCCAUAGACUCCACAGUUUCAUUUGGCGCUUCUACACGGGCAUAUACUCUGCGGGAGAAGCCUCAGACCCUGCCAUCAGCAGUUAAAGGAGACGAGAAAAUGGGCGGUGAAGAUGAAGAGCUCAAGGGCUUGCUGGGCCUGCCAGAGGAGGAGACAGAACUUGAUAACCUGACGGAGUUCAAUACAGCCCACAACAAAAGAAUUUCCACGCUAACCAUUGAGGAAGGGAACUUGGAUAUUCAGAGACCAAAGAGAAAACGGAAGAACUCCAGAGUGACAUUCAGUGAUGAUGAUGAAAUCAUUAAUCCGGAGGAUGUGGACCCUUCUGUCGGGCGUUUCAGGAACAUGGUACAGACAGCGGUUGUCCCUGUUAAGAAAAAACGAUUGGAGAAUCCAGGCUCAUUGACCACAGAUGAUUCCACAUCACGCCGUAUGCAAAACUUCCCCUACAGCGGAGGAUUGUAUGGUGGUUUGCCUCCAACUCACAACGAGGCAGGUUCCCAGUCGCACGGUGUCCACGGGACAGCACUCAUUGGUGGCCUACCCAUGCCCUACCCCAAUCUCGCCCCAGAUGUGGACUUGACUCCUGUCGUGCCCUCAACAGUUAACAUGAACCCAGCUCCAAACCCUGCUGUCUUUAAUCCUGAAGCUGUGAACGAACCCAAGAAGAAGAAAUACGCAAAGGAGGCCUGGCCGGGGAAGAAGCCAACCCCUUCCCUCUUGAUCUGAGUUGGGUGUUGUUGAGGGAGGGUGGGAGUUACGAACUCCAGAAACUGUUCAUGUGCAGUAUCAUUUUUUUUGAAAUGUCAAUGUCCUAACCAGCUGUAACACCAAGAUUGGAGAAGUGAAAUACCCUCUAAAGGUCUGUCUUCGAGCGUUUUUAUAUGUCUGAUAAAAAUCAAAAUACAGCUCCCAUCUCCUUUUGAACCAAACUAUCUGUCAGCCUUCUCUUAGCUAUUGUUGUCCCCAGAGGGCUUCGCUCUGGGUUUGAUCCGUCAGUUGAAGGGGCAGAGUCAUUCAGUUUAGUUGGCAUUUAUGGCCUGACCCUGCAAAACUCUGUGUUUUGGUGUCGUGCGAUGAGUGAUGUUGUUCCUGCUGGACUCGCUCGUAGCGGGUCAGCUAUAUCAGAAGUAAAUGUUUGUGGGGCCAAGCCUUUCAGAAAACCCACUGGUAUGUGUUCUAAAACUUGCAAAAUACAGGUCAGCUUUUAUAUUUUAUAUUUUCAGACCCCCACCCACGUGGGGCAUUAUCUUUUUGUUUCACUUUGUUUGGCUACAGCUUGUUUUAAUUUCUACUUGAAAUACUACAGCAUCCCAUUUGCUCAUGGGAUUGUGGAGUUGAGAUGGACAUUAGUUGGUAGGAUUCCUUAGCUGCGGUCUAGUAUUGGACGAUGGAGCGCUGUGUGGACGGAGGGAGGGGUGGACACGGGGAUGGAUCUGGGCUGGUGGAAGCACACCAGCAGAGGAGCAUCUAUUGGGAAGGCUCUGUCUACACCAUACAGACAAUAAACAACCAUGUCAUGGUGACUCUCUCUCCAGUGAUAACUGAAGGUGGGGUUAACACCGAGAACAGUUUCUUUGGAAGCUGGUGGGCCUUUUAUCUUGAGUAGUUUCAUUUUUAUUUGCAAAUGGAACUUGCAAGCUUAGAGUAUGAAGGUGCAACACAACACAACACAGAGAAGUGAGCAGCCUUGAGCAGUGUUGGAGGAGCUGCGUGUUUAAGCCUGUGCGCUGCUCUGGCUGCUCAUACCUGGUGAGAGCUGAGUGCUGCUCAAAGCUCGAAUAUGAAUUCUCAGUAGAGAAUUUGCCUCUCCUUGAAUAAAGCAGUACACAAGCUGGUUUCCUAAUAUUAUAUUUUUUGCCUACUUUAUCACUUUUCAUUGACUAAAACAAGCAGCUCGGUUUGGAUUUGCUGCUCCAGCCCUUCACGUCCUCAGGGUUAGAUCCCAAACUGAUUCACACAUAUUCAGACACCCUGCAUUUCCUUUAGACACGGUAAGGCCAGGGCUCUGAUGUUAGGUUUACUCUGGAUUUUUUUACAUUCUAUAAUGCAGUUCAGUCCCAUUCCUUUGUUGUCGGGAUCUCUCCAGGAGGCGUGCGCGAAGAUGACAGCACAAUACCCUGCCGUGUGCGGCGCUGUAGCUGCCUGGCUAGGAAGUGGUGUGGAAAAUGCGAUGGCUCUGGAGCAGCGCGGUGUCACACAGGGUUACGCUGCUGUGCUGAGGGCACUGGACCUGGUUUGGACAGAGGCUCCAAAAUCAGUGCGACUUUGGCAUCUGCAGAGUGAUUGCUUUUAUCAUGUUAUCAAGGUGAAAAUGAGCUCUUGGCUAUGCCACUCACAGGAGUGACGGCUUCAGAGCCUGGUUUAUUCCUCUCCCUGCACACCAUAUUUAGCUCACAGUAUGAUACAGAUGAACACAUCCCUUCUCCAUGCUGUAGCUGUGCCGGUCUUUAGUUGCUAUUGAGUAGGAUCCAGUCCUCGCUGUUCUGCUUCCAAACACUCCAUGCUGACUCUUAAUUUCUCCUUUUAUUUUUAGUUUUACUUAUUUCUGGUAUGGAGAGUUUCCUUUUUCCAGCCAGUCUGCUUUAUGAAGGCAACUCUUUAGGGUAAGACUCGUUAGGGCAGGUAAAAGUUGAGCAGGUUUUCUUUUUUUUCCAUUUUGGGGGUUUUUUUUGGGUGCAGUGGGGUGCUUUUAUUUGGGAUUUUUUGCAAGUGGCUCUUUACAAGAUUUUUCUUGAGAAGGGAAGCUUUGCUGCUCGUUGUUUUUAAAGCUCUUCUCCUCCCUGGGUUUGAACAAGCUCUCAUUAUUUCAGAGCUUCGGGGCCAUAAGCUGGCCAGCACGGGAGGGGACAGUCUGACAUCUAGGGGCUUUGUACAGAAGUUUGUACACUUGUGUAAUAUGUAAUAGGCCUUUUCACACUUUCUGUUGAGCUUUUUACCUGUAACCUUUACUAUGUUGUAAAUUAAAUGCAGAUUUUGCCA